CCUCGCCACGCACUCCACCACGAUUUUUAUUCUCCUUCCUUCAUUCACUCAUUUCCAAUCCCUAUUUUGCAGUCGUGAGCACCGAGCGGACGGACCGCGACGGCGCGCAUCUCUCCUCUUCCUCUUCUUCCAUUGAAAUAGAAAUCAAAGAAAAAAUUUGUAAUACACAAAGCAGCUUCCCUUUCCUCCCUCUUACUCUCAGAAUGCUUGGAGUGAGACAUGGCUGAUAGAAGCAGCAACGGCCGCUUCGGCGAUGGAGGAGAUGGAGGACCUUUCAACGAUUGGGAACAAGUAAUGGCAGAAGAAUCACCGCCAACAUCGUCAUCGGAUGGGGAGGUGGAGGAGGAAGAGAGGAAGGAGGCUCUCCAUGCUUCCCCUCUCCUUCCUCCCUUUUUUCCAGAGGAGCAGCAUGAAGGCGACUGCCCUUAUUACUCAGUAUUCCCUCCGAGCAGCCAUGAAGGCCUCCCGAUCGACGCAAUCGACAUACAAGAGCUACCUGCCAGUGGCACCCAAGAGCGACAACGAGGAGGAGAAGAGGAGCAGAGAGGGGUUGCUUCUGCAGCUGAGUGUGAGAAGAAAGAAGGGUGGAAGGAGUUGGUGAACCUCGGUGGUGGCGGAGGAGGAAUUGUUGAUUUGUUGCUCUCAAAGCUUCAAUGUCAUCAGAAGCCGGAGAAGCAUCAUUAUCUCUGGUUAUUUCCUUCCUCAUCGGCUGCUGCUGCCACUGCUGCCAUAUUGGGUUUGGGAACAGCAGCAGCAUUCCUCGGAUGGCGAUGGCAGCGUGAGAGAAGAAGGAGCAACCUUUUGCUUCUCCAAAUUCUCCAAAAUGAUCAGAGGAUAAAUCAACUCUUGCUUCAACUUAGUGAAAUGAAGGAUGCAGUAGCUGCGCGGCGCAAAGUCUCUGUGUUAAGAGUUGCUUAAUAUGUCCGUUGAGGAUACAAAUGGACCUAAACACGAUGCCACCUUUAUGACCUUAAAGAUGACGCUUUGUCGAGUGCUCAUUGUUACACCUGGAAGUUACUUCUGAUAGUACAUUGAGAAGUUUUGAUUCUGUUAUAAUUUAUUUUUCUGGCAAGCUUCGAUAGUCCUUAAUAAUUUAGUCUCCUUUGUGUAUAAGCUACUAAAUUUGCUUGUAAUUUGAGUCGCAUGAUAUGGCAGUAGAGGCAAGACAAGAUUGAAAGGUAGUAUGCGAUAUUGAUGUUUUCACUGGUCAGCUGUGAGGUUACUCACCUACAAUGUUACAUGAACACGGGCAUGAGUGUCUGACUAUAGUACCUGUCUAAGUGCCAAAUGCAGUAGUCUAAAAUGAAGUCACCGAGGAGGAUGUGCUUGUAUGAUUAUUAUUCUAUAGUAACCAAUAAAAUUUCAAUGUAUAUAUAAUAAAUAGCUGAUAUUUAUUACACUUAA